UGCAAUUUGUAUAUACAAAAUGCAAAGUAUACAGUAUAUAUAUAUAUAACAGUAUGUAAAUAGAGUCUGCAAGCAUCCUAAACUUUACAUAUUUGAUAAAUAAAGUGAAAAUUUCAAGUGAUAAUCCGUGCAAACAGUGAAAGUAGUGAUAACUGAAAUAUUAACAAUACGAUAUCUUGGGUAUACCAGCGUCUGAUCGCAUCGUUGAUAUUAAGUUGUCAAUGUUGUUGUUGACGUUGGAUUAUUGCCGUCUGUACUUACACAUUUAUUUAAUAAUGUACAAUUAUAAUAAUAAGUAUAGGAUUUAAAAAAGAGGUUGCAUGCAUUGCGUCUUCGUUUGAUGAUUUGGAAUCAAAGAUCAAAUCAUCGGUGCCAACAACCUCAUGUGUACAUAAAGGUAGUAGAGAAGGUGAAACAAAACAUAAACAUCGAUAAUGAAUAACUCGAUAAUACCCGCGCGCUUCUACGGCCACUCGUUGACACCCCUGUUCAACGAGCGAGCCAAAAAAGUCCAGGAAGCAAAGAAGCACAUCAGGUACAGUGACCCGUGGGACAUCAACCCGCGUGCCAGGCCCUUGACGAGUCCGUCUCCCUACAAACAAGAGUUUUGGAAGCAAAACGAGGCCCUAGCCAAUGCCGCCGAACUAUCCGAGUACGAUGACAUACUCUGCUGCUUCGUCUUCCAGGAUGAGAACGAGAGGCGUCGCUUCAUCGUCACCUACCCCGAAGACUUUUGGACAGACUGCGAACGCAUGCCGCUGGAAAAACGGGUCUUCUACGAGGUGAUUCCAGAGCUGUCCCCUUGCUUUCUAUACUACGAUCUCGAAUUUGAGGUCGACCUGAAUCCUGACAAGGAUGGAGUACGCAUGGCCCAAACUCUCAUCCACGUCACUUGCGAAUACAUCGCCUACCACUGGAAGUGCUCCUGCGACAGAAGAGCCGUCAUUAACCUGGACUCCUCGCGUCCGGGAAAAUUCAGUAAGCACUUGAUUUUCAGUACCUCGGACUUUGCCUUUUCCAAUAAUUAUCACGUGGGCUAUCUAGUCAAAAUGAUUUGCUCCGAUCUUGUUGAUUACGUCUCACGCGAAAGUGCUCAGCACGACGUUCUGAGCAAGUUCAGUAAGGAAAGUCUCGAGGAAUUAUUCAUAGAGACCAACAAGGGAAAAAAGCUCUUUGUAGAUCUCAACGUUUAUACCAAAAAUAGACAUUUCAGAGUGUACAAAGCCACCAAGUGGGGAAAACACUCGCAUUUACAGCAAGCUCCCGAGUGCCAGUACAGUUGGCCCAAAAAGCCCAAAAGCAAAGAAAUGGAGAUAUUUUUGAAUUCUCUGGUUUCUUACAUGCCAAGAAAGAAAAAGCUUCAACUUUUGUCAUUUGAUCAAGACAAAAAGAGCAAAAUUUUGUCUUACUCUCAGCAUACAGAAAUGAAGCAAAAUUAUGCUCCCAAAGAAUAUGCAAAAUCACCAUAUCCGGUAUUAGAUAAAUAUAUAUCUGAACUUAUUAAACCAGGAAAAGUUAGGGACAGCAAGUUUUUUGAAAUCAGACAAUUAAUUAUUUAUGAAAUCGUCGGCUUCAGGUACUGUGAAAAUAUUGGUAGAUGGCACAAGAGCAACAAUGUGUACUACAUUGUUGACAUAGUCAAUAAAACGAUGUACCAGAAAUGUCAUGAUGAAGAUUGUGCUGGUUUCAUUUCUGAUCCAAAAAGAUUACCUGUUGAAGUGACAUUUUAUUUUGAAGAUGAAUGUGAUCCUUUGUUUUUGGAUCUCAACGAUUACAAUGCAAAAGAUUAAUUUUUGGCAUGUACAAAUCACAAGGUGUCUUAUCUACAAGUAUUAAUAUACUGUAAAAUAGCUUUUUAUUUAUUUUAAAAACAAUGUCAACUUUCAUUAUGAAAUUGAUAUAUUUAACAGUUUUAAUAGAUAUACAUAUAUGUACAUAAUAUCCAUAGAUAGUUAACAAUUGUUUGCUAUUCAUUUUAAAAGCGGAACACUUUUUUAGUUGUCCUAUUUUCACGAUUACAAAAUUUUUAUGCAA